UGAUAAGUCAUGUCAUGUGUUGGUGUUGCUUGGCUUGCUUGCUUUCAGCUUUCUUUACUUUGCUUGUACGCGCGUCGUCAGUCAAUUGGACUGUUUAUGUGUAGAAACAUUUAUCGCAUAACACACAAAUCGUAACAACAAACUCGAUCGUUAAUAAUAAACCGAAACAAGCCCUGUAAAGUGCCAAUAACAGGAGGAUAUUUGGGAAAUAUGUGAAAGUGACAGUAGCAAAAUCGACAUAGUUUUGUGUGAUUAUAAUGUUAUUUCGCAUAUUUUCGAGUACCGUCAGUUAGUGUAUUAGCGUUCACAAAUAUGUUGCGCGUGAAGCACAGUCCUUGUGUGGUGGAGGACACUUGAUCGGGAACACUAUGUUCGAAGCGGGAUAAGCGUACUCGUUAUAGCACGAUCAGCUAUAAUGCAACACGAGUGUACGCAGGAGGGUGGCAGGAGCAGGUACGAGCGGCGCAAGCCGAGCAAAGUGCUGAAGAUAGCGGAGAGCUUCACGAACCUGGAUGAGACGGCCAAGUCGGGGCGUUACGUGCGAGGGCCGCACUCGAAGGUGGGCCGCAGGUACCGGGACGGCGAGAACGGGAGCCGGACUAAGCGUACGGUGUGUUGUGAUGGUGAUUGUGAUAAGGAGUCAGGUGUGAGUGAGGAUUGUGAGAGACUGGGCGACCGCCGGGUGACGGGCUCGUCAUGUACGGCCCUGCGGACCGCCGUCGCGGCGCUCUACCCCUUCGACGACUUCGUGCUCGAGAAGAUCGGAGCUGGCUUCUUCUCAGAAGUCUUCAAAGUAACGAACAAGACCUCCGGCAAGGUGAUGGUGCUCAAAAUGAACCAGCAGCGCGCCAACAGGCCCAACAUGCUUCGCGAGGUGCAGCUGAUGAACAAGCUCAAACAUCCCAAUAUACUCGGGUUCAUGGGCGUGUGCGUGCACGAAGGGCAGCUGCACGCGCUGACGGAGUACAUGGAGGGCGGGUCCCUGGAGCAGCUGAUCCUGGGCCGGCCGCCCGAGCCCAUGCCGCAGCCGCUCCGCAUCUCGCUGGCCGCAGACGUCGCCGACGGCAUGAUGUACCUACACUCCCUCGGUGUCUUCCAUAGGGAUCUUACUGCUAAGAAUGUACUAUUAAGAAAAUACGGAGAAGGCGACUACAUGGCUAUUGUCGCUGACUUCGGCCUCGCAGCCAAAAUACCUCAUGAGAACGGCUACAGGCUGCCCAGCGUGGGGUCUCCGUGGUGGAUGUCCCCCGAGUGUUUGCGCGGCCGGUGGUACGACCACCGGUCCGACAUAUUCUCCUACGGGAUCAUUCUGUGCCAACUUAUCGCCAGGGUGGACGCCGACCCGGACGUGCUGCCUCGCACGGACAACUUCGGCCUCAACUACAUGGCGUUCGUGGAGCUUUGCGAUGAGGACACCGUUCCUGAAUUCUUGAGGCUUACCUUCAACUGCUGUAUCUAUGAGCCAAAAGCGCGUCCACUAUUCCCCGAAAUAGUAAACAAGCUGGCUGAGGUGAAGGAAAGCCUCGAUGACGCGGCGUGGGCCUCACACAACUCUAAUAACCAUAAUGAAAGUGAGGACGCGGAUUCUUCAGGCCCGCGCUCUUGUCCCGGACUGUACGCGUGGCGACGUCCACAACGGUACAAGUCUGAAGGCAGCCCCAGGCAUCAUGACCAUGACCAGCUUCAACACCGUCGCUCUCUGUCGGAGCUGGAGUGGGGCGCGGCGCGGCUGGCGGGGGGCGCGCGCGGCGGGGGCGCGCACCGGUCCGCGGGCGCGCUGGCGGGGCGCGGCGCCGGCGGGGGGCGCCUCGCGCGCCUCACGCGCCUGGCGCACGUCAUGCUGCUGCGCGACGCGCACGCCGCGCCCGCGCCCGCGCGCGACUCGCUGGCCGCCUUCCGCGGCGUCAAGAAGAUCCUGGAGCCGCACCCGGGCUCCGCGUCCUGCGCCGAGCUGCCCUCGCCGCCGCGCGCCGCGUCCCGCGCGCUGGACCUGUCGGACGACGCGCGCGCCGCCUCGCUGCCGUCCUCGCCCGCGCUGUCGCGGCGCGGCAGCCUGGACGCGCGCCCGCCGCCGCGCCGCGGCUCCUGCGAGAGCGGCAUCUUCUCCGUGGCCAACGAGGAGCUGUGCGGCGCGCGCGCGGCCGGCCGCGCCCGCGCCGCCGUGUGCGCCUGCUCGCUGGUGGGCUGCCCGCGCUGCUGGUGGCGGCGGCGCGCGGCGUCCCCGCGGCCCGCGCCCGCGCCGGGCCCGGCGCGCGCCACGCUGUGCGCCGCCUGCCUGCUGGCCUACGACCGGGCGCUGGACGCGCGCGAGCCCGCGCCGGGCGCCGAGCCCUUCCUGUGCGGGCGCGCGGACGACGCGCCCGACUCGGGCUCGGAGGGCGAGGGCGAGCCCUACGAGUACCACAUCCUCAGCCAGUGCUGCUGCGGGGGCGCGGCGGGCGCGCGCGCGCGGGCGGCGGCCGUGCGCUCGUCCAGCGUGUACACGGACAGCAGCGAGGACGUGGCCAGCCUGGCGGGCUCGGACAGCCUGUACUGCGACGAGCGGGUGCCGCGCCACGUGCGCUCGGCGCAGAUCAGUAAGAUCGUGGAGUACUUCGAGCGCAAGGGCGCGGACUUCACGUGCGAGCGGUCGCGCGGCCACUCGCGCUUCCGGCUGGCCGCGCCCGCGCCCGAGCGCCGCAAGUGCGUGGCGCAGCAGCGGCUCAUGAUCUGUGAGGGCGCCGUCAAGUCCAAGCUGCCGCUGUUCGACAAGAAGUCAUAGCGCUAGGCCCGCGGCCGCCCGGCGGCUCGCUCCCCUCACUAGAUACGUACGUGGCCCCGCCGGCCUCCCGCAGGCCUCACCUACACUGCUGUACUACAGUUCUUCAGCGUGGCGCGGUGCCGAUGUGUUGCCUCCACUUCGGAUCUCCGGAUCCUGGGACUCGUGACUUCCAUAGUGUUUACAGAUGAUAAUAAUAUUUUUAUUGUUAGCAGCUGAGCGCAGCUAACUAUUCAUUAUUCACGUGUUAAGAAUAUUUGAUCACAAUAAUUGUAAAAUCAGUAUUUUCCAAGGCUAGUGCCAAUGAUGCCCUUCGAGGACGGAAGCCUGUACUUCAGCCGGCCGGGCCGCGCCCGGUUUGGCAUCAAAUCGAGUUUGUUUGACUGAUUGUAACUUCGUACUUUAUUUAUAUUUACGAUAAAGACGGAAGUAAUUGAGAUUACAAAGAAGGUUGUAGCGGAGAUUAGUCGAAAUUAUCGGUGAUAUAGUCAAUGUGUGGUUGAAUAGUCCUUUAUAACGUGGCCUAUCCGUAUAUUAUGAAGGCCUUUUAGUCGUUUUAGUCUAAAUAUUAUAGACGACAUUGCGUUCUGAACUUUGAUUUCGCUUACACAUCAGAUGCAGAGUUGCAACAUGUAAAUAAUAAUUAAUUUUAGGUUACUAUUCGUUAACUUUAUAAUUUAUUUUUAUUUUUUUCCAGUAUUAAAUAUUACUUGCCAGUUUACAGAUAAUUUAAGUGUGUACAUAAUUUAAAUUUAAAAUUGAUUGUCAUAAUAAAACUUAUAAACGUUGGCUACAGAUUAGUACUGAACUAAAUAUAUUACGUUAACAGUUUUCAGCUGAUUACGUUAAGGUUCUUAUUUAUAUUUAACUUUACAAAGAUGCAAUCGCUAUAUUUCGUUAAUCUUCGACAAAGUCAUUUAUAAUUAUUUUAAAUUUAUUAUUUACUUUAAAAAGAUCAUUUUUCUUAUUUAUAUUUAUCUUACUUGAUAAAAUAUAUGUAUACUCAUAAUAUACGGGCAAAAUACGUCCUAAAGUAUAUAGUUACAAAUAAACUCGGUGUCGCGUUGCUAGUCUUAUAAAACGCGCCGCCUCUGUCGAAAUCCGUCGUAUUAAUGUGUAAAGAAGGAUGGUGUGGACUUACAAACAAUAUUUUUAAUAUUUUUCUCUGAGCAUCAUUUAAAUGUGCGUACAUUAACAAAUAAAAUGCUAUCGACAUUAACUAAAUGUACGCAUAUUUACCGCAAAAAUGGAUUCACAAAUCAAAGUCGUAAGGAAAUCGAACAUAAUACUUUAUUUAUACAUUUUCGGACUUAUUUGUAGCGGCGACUUUGUUUUGUCGAUCCCUCUCAUUCCACCCUCCGGUUUCCUCUAAACAAAAUAUAAUGUACAAAUAUGUGUCAAAAAUCAGACCGAACUAUAGAGAAAAAAAUAUUUUGUGUUGCCAGUUAUUCGACGUUACAAUAAAUAGAAGGAAAGCUAGAAAAAUAAUUACCAAUAAUAAUACAGUUCCUCGUAAAUUUUGUUUUAAAUACGAUGGUAACACUUCAAACAAACAAAUGUCAUAAUCCAAAUAGUAUUUUUUACAGUAUGUAAAAAAAUAUUUAUAGAAAAUAUACGUUAAUUUCACACGAAAAGCAGUAAAUAUCUGGCAACACAUAAUGUAAUGUUAAAAUAAUAUCAUAUUUUUGUAAAUACAGUAUUAACGUGGUGUAUUUAAAUAUCAUUGUCAUCUUAUAGUAUAUUUUACUUUAAAAUCAUGGUUAUAUUGUUAAAGUCAGGGUAUACAUGGUGUAAAUAUAAAAUGUUGAGAUAAAAUUGUGAAACACACGAUCCGCCGCAGCGGUAUAGUUGUCAGUGCCAAAAAAAAUAUGAUUUCACUUAUUAAUCCAAGUGCCUGAUUCACUUUGUCGUUUCGUUCCGAAAUUCAAUUGCAGCUAUCGUUAACAGUUGAAAUAGAUAUAGACUUUUAUACUUUGUUCUUGUUGUACAGAAGAUGGAUACACUCAGUUUACUCAAGUCGUGUCCAAUUUCUGUAUUUAUCUGAACGUCGCGGCAUGUCGUCGCGGCUGACGUAACUUGGAAUUAGUGUUGGAACUCUUCUUUAUUUAUAUAUGAAUGAGCAAUUACGUGUCCGUCCAUAAUUAGGCGAUGAAAUGCUUUUGUCCUCGGUAGCUGUACCAUCUUUAAAACUACACGCAAUUUUAUACUCUAUACCUAGUGGGGAAGGUGUAAUAUCGUGUAAUAUUGACAGGUGGUACAAAUUGUAAUGUUGCUAUUUACCUAUUAGAUUUGAACGCAUUUCGAUCGAUACUUACCCCAUUUGCCAGUAGCGAGUACUAUAUUACUAUAAGUGCGUAAAGGAAAGUAGCGAAAAGUACUAUUUAUGGUACCAGUUAAUGUCAAAUGGGCACUAAUUGGACACUAAGACUGAUAGAGGAACUACUUAGCAGCUUUUUUGCAGCAAUCUGUCAGAGACAGACUACUAUGGAUAUAAGACAGUGGGUAUUGAGAAUGUUCCUAGGUAUUGUAUCGAAAACCGUUAAGAUAAUUCCUUUAUUAAGGAACAACCAUUUUAUGUUUUUCUCAUUAUAGCAUCUGUUUUAUUAAGUCGUUCAAUAACACUGUCUUAUAAGAAUAGUAUUAGCUUUCAUCGUAGCGGGUCCUACGUAUACGAUGCGACAUAAAUCUCUGACGGCGAGAAGUUUUGUCUCUAGCAAUGCCGUCAUACAGGCAAUGUCGCAGGUAUCAGUGACUUGUGUUGCCUCGUGUACGCAGGCCCUUAUACCAGCAAUCUGUUAUGUUAUAUAUUGAAGUCGUUGCUGUAUAUAUAUACCAUUGUUUAAAUAGCCGAUUAUAUUAGUGAAUCCCAUUUUUAUUCCCAUUUCAUUGUAUUAUAUGUGUCAUGUUACAUUUGAAUUUUGCGAACUGUCGAGACACUACUUAAAUAGAAUUCUGUCUACAACUUAUUCGACAUAAAUCGAAUAUGAUAUUAUUAUAGAACAAAUUGUACCUAACUAUAAUUGUAAGGUAAUAGAACGCAUUUUAGCGUUAUUAAAAUUCAAUUUAAGACAUUGUGAUGUGUGAAAUAAAUUCAAGUUUGUCAAACAUUUUCAAUAUUUUGAUGUUGUUAUUAUUAUCUUAUUUGCGAUGGCAACUUUGUCAAUCAACCCUCGGUUUUUGAUCGACUGAUAAAUCGAAUCUGUUGUCAUAUUGUUCAUUUUCUUGCUUUACGAAUUAAUCGACAACUUUUGAAAGUUUGAAUUAUAAUAACUUACAAUAUAUUAGAACAACAGUCUCACUUAGAUCGAGGUGUAUGAAUGAACCAUGUUGAAAUUUGACCAUAAUAAUGAUUGUGUUGUUAUAAUAAUAGGUUGACAUCGCAAAUAUGAUCACUUAACAGUUAUAGAUAUCGAUUUCGGUAUAAAUCUCUUCUACUUAUCAUAUAUUAGUUUCCAUCUUAAUAUUUAUAUUAAGCAAUUCGUACUUCCAAUAGUUUUGAUAGACAAAUUCGUAUUUGAUCAGUAAAAUUUAAAUCUUCAACAUUUGACUAUUAAUAAGAAAAAAUAUGUUCCACAAUGCACAUCUUGAUUUGAUUUUUUUUAAUUCUUUAAAUUACUAUAACAAAUUAAUGCGUGAAAUAGUAUCGACUUAAUAUUUUGUGCAAUAGAAACAUUGUUAGAUACAAUGUCGUAUUUAAUAUUGUGAUUGGCGACAUCUUUGGUAUCUGUCAAACGUUUCCCGCCAUUUUAAGUUUUAGUCGAUACGAUAUUGGUUUGACAGCGUGAAUGAACAGAUACCAUUGAUGUUAGAAUAAAUACUAAUUAUAUGCAACGGACGCAGCUAAAUUAAUCAAAAACAACUGAAAUUAGCCUACGAAACUCAAAAUGCAUGUAGCUAAAGCAAACAACAAAAGGAGUCGAUUAAUAAUGUAUAUUUUCGCAUGAGUUUCUAAUAUUUCUAUUUGUUUUCGAAUCGAGAAAAUAUUAUUGUCACCUUAGGUGUAACUUUUCUCAAUUAUUUUAAUUAUAUAAAAAACGUUUCAGCACUAAUUCGCACCUGCCAAUUAGUAAGGUCUUGUAUUUAGUUUGAGGAAGGGACAAAGUUACACCGCAAUAAGCAUAUCAGUUACAGAGUAGGUAAUUAUUAGUUAUUUUUAAAUACUUAGGUUUUAACGACAACACACGACCGAUUGUAAUGACACACCUACGUAAUAUGGGGGCGAGAAAGUUCUCUUGAAUAUCCAGAAAUUACAAUAUAGAACACUUUGAACAAAACAAUGUUGGGUUUAGAUUAAAGAGAAAAAAAAGAGUUCGUAGAAAAAAGUUCAACUUAGUUUCGAAAAGGGAACAGUAAAUAUCUUUCAUAACACUGCGACAGCGAAGCCUUUGUUCAAACAUUUUUAUGUGUCUCUUAAUUCCUGCUUAAAGUGAUAAAAAGUAAUAUAAUUAUGUUCAUGUAGGUAUAUGUUACCGGUAUAUGUUACAGAGGCUAUUUUACUGUGGUUUAAUCUUAGAUGGCCACGUUCCUGAUACUUGUGUAAUAUUUCUUAAAUAUUGUCAUUUAAAAUGAGACAAGAGCCACUUAGUUGACUCCAUGGCAGUAACAAGCAUAAUAAUGUAUUGACAGUUAUAUUUGAGCGAUGCAAUACCAUUUUAUAUUGGUGCUGCGUGAUGAGGCGUCAAUACAGUCGGCCGUGAAUGUCGUGUUAUUUAAGUUUUGUGUACAUAGCUCCUAACGUUCCUUGUUUUUUAAGGCACUAACGGUUUAAUGUAGAACAUUUUCUUAUACGGUUGUGUCAUUUACAAGCCCAGACUUAUUAUAGUUAUAGAUGAAGCCGAUUAGGCAGUUACUGAACGAGAAAUUUGUAAAAUGAAGGUCGUAUUAAAUAUAUUUUGUUUCAAAAA